UUUAUUACUUAUCGCAGCAUACAUUGUAGAGAUUCUAUAUUUUAAGAGAUGACGUUUGACACAUUUACUGAGUAGACAGACAGUAGAGUAGUUCCAUUUAAACGAUGGCCUCUCCUCGACCGAAAUCUCCUCGACCGCCUAUAUCCGCGAGAAAGGAUGAGAAGGAAGAAACAUUUUGGAAUAAGAUCGGCACGUUAGGCCGGAAAAAGCGUAUUAAAGAAGUUCAAGAGGUACAGGAAGAAGGGAAAUAUGCAAUUGAUUCACCAGGAUAUGCGGCUAAUCCAGAAAUGCCACCGGAGGAAUAUGCCUUGGAUGAGAACGAGGAACGUUCGAUAAUAGAACCGAGGUCCUUAGAGGAUUCCAAGCUCAAGGAGCUUAUAUUCGUCUUGAUCGAAUGGAUCAACGACGAAUUAGCUGAUCAGAGGAUUAUCGUCAAAGAUAUCGCGGAGGAUUUGUAUGAUGGACAAGUAUUGCAAAAACUAUUAGAAAAAUUGACCAGAGAGAAAUUAGAUGUACCGGAAGUAACGCAGUCAGAAGAGGGUCAGAAGCAGAAAUUGGCAGUCGUGCUUUCGGCUGCAAAUCGAGUAUUAGGCCGUUAUCCACCGUACAAGUGGAGCGUUGAAUCGGUUCAUUCGAAGCAUAUCGUCGCCAUUCUACAUCUACUGGUUGGCCUGGCAAGGCAAUUCCGCGCGCCCGUCAGAUUGCCAGAAAGAGUAGCCGUGCAAAUGGUAGUCGUGCGUAAAAAGGAUGGACAAUUGAUACACAGGACGGUUCGGGAAGAGAUCACGUCGACGUACGAUGAUUUGGGAAUGCGCUGUGAACGAGACGCCUUUGAUACUCUCUUCGAUCAUCCGGCUGAUAAACUAGCUGUAGUUAAAAGAUCCCUGAUUACUUUCGUCAAUAAGCAUUUAAGUAAGGUCCACUUGGAAGUGACGGAUCUGGACACACAAUUCCACGACGGUGUAUUCUUAACGCUUCUUCUCGGACUUCUCGAAGGUUUCUUCGUGCCUCUUGGAAGCUUCCACCUAACUCCUAAGACACUCGAUCAAAAGGUGCACAACGUCUCGUUCGCCUUUGACAUCAUGCAAGAUAUCGGUUUGCCUAAACCCAAGGCGCGUCCGGAAGAUAUCGUGAACCUGGAUUUGAAGUCGACGCUACGAGUAUUGUACAACUUGUUCACAAAGUACAAAGGCACGAAUUGAAAUAUGAUCGACGGAUGAGUUAAUCGAUGUUACUAAUUCGCUAACCAAAGAGUGGUUUUCACAGGAGUAACGAAGAGGAUAGAACUGCCUUUUUAAAGCUUAACAUUUUAUCGAUACAAUAAUACAUUUUAUAUAUUCUUAAAUGGAAAUAAAUCGUUUCACUUUUUAAAA